GAAUCGAAACAUAUGAACAGUAAGAACUAGCAUUCUUAUUGAGACUAGAACUCAUAGGGAAGGUAAGUCACUAAUCCCUAAAACGGACUAUGUACUUUAUCUGCUGGGUUAUGGGGGCAUUUGGAUUCCAAACAUUCAUGAUUUUGAUGUGAAUGAGUCGAAUUACUUAGCCCUCGGUCUCUUGGUGAACUCUCUCGAGCGCGUCAUUACUCCAAGAGCCGAGCCACCAUUAGGGAUGGUUGCGGUACCAGAGCUCGGACAAGACGGUCGUUGACAGGACGGUGGAGAAGGGGCUAAGAGGAACAACUUCGGCGAAAGAAAAAGGGCUCCGGCGACGGCACGGGCGCUCACGCGCCGGCCGUACGCCGGUCCCAAAGUAGAUCUAGUUUCUCUCUCUCCUCUCUCUUUAAGGCUUCUCGAGCUUUUAGCAUUUCUUAAGCUCCUUUUUUUACACCGGUUCUCUUGUAUUUAGCUUUUUUUUUUUUUUUUUUUUUAUUGCUUUUGGUUGAGAACUCUUUGUUAGGACCACCUGUCGAGGUGGUCUUACAGGCAAAUGCCAAUCUCGUAGGGACCCAUCUCGUACAACACUGAUGAAGUCAUCUCCUUCCUCCUCUAACAGUUAAACUCUCCGUCUCUCGAUCCAGAUCCAUUCUCUCUCCUCCGAUCAACAAUGCCACCCUCCCGCAAACAAUACUACGCGACAAGCAGCCUCGUGAUCGGCUACGCCCUCUGCUCCAGCCUCCUCGCCGUCAUCAACAAACUCGCAAUCACCCACUUCAACUACCCCGCCCUCCUCACCGCCCUCCAGUACCUAACCUCCUCCCUCUCCGCCUACCUCCUCGGCAAACUCCGCCUCCUCCGCCACGACCCCUUCUCCCUCCCCACCGCCAAGCGUUUCCUCCCCGCCGCCGCCGUCUUCUACCUCGCCAUCUUCACCAACACCAACCUCCUCCGCCACGCCAACGUCGACACCUUCAUCGUCUUCCGCUCCCUCACCCCUCUCCUCGUCGCCGCCGCCGACACUCUCCUCCGCUCCCAACCUCCCCCCUCCGGCCUCACCUUCCUCUCCCUCCUCGUCAUCCUCGCCGGCGCCGUCGGAUACGUCGCGAACGACUCCGCCUUCACCCUGACGGCCUACUCGUGGGCCCUGGGCUACCUCGUCACCAUCACCACCGAGAUGGUUUACAUCAAGCACAUGGUCUCGAGCCUCGACCUCAACACGUGGGGCUUCGUUCUCUACAAUAAUCUAUUGUCUCUCAUGAUCGCGCCUGUCUUCUGGUUUCUCACGGGAGAGCACACGGACGUUUUAACGGCCGUUAAUUCUAACGGAGGGAACGUGUUCGACCCCGUUGCGUUUUUCGCCGUGGCGUUGUCGUGUGUGUUUGGUUUUCUCAUCAGCUUCUUUGGAUUCGCUGCUAGGCAAGCUAUCUCGGCCACUGCUUUUACCGUGACUGGUGUGGUGAAUAAGUUUUUGACCGUUGUGAUUAAUGUUGUGAUUUGGGAUAAGCAUGCGACUCCUGUUGGUUUGGUUUGUUUGCUUGUUACUAUCUGUGGUGGUGUUGGUUAUCAGCAGUCUGUAACAACCGUGGUUAAGAAACCGCAUACCGGCAAGGUUGAUGAUGAGUUGAGGGAGUUGAGUAAAGGAGAUACUGAUGCAUGAGUUGUUUAUUUAGCAUUUGAUUUUCAAUUUGCAUAUCUCAACUUUUUUUUUUUGGCCUUCAAAGAGUUUUUUCUUGUAAUGUUUAUGGCCUCUACAGUAUCAAUUUUGUAAACAGCAUCCUUGUCUACCGGUUAAUACAAGAAAAUAAGUUUUUAUCUUA